AGGUCACCUUCAAGCCAGUGUCCUGAGCCAGUGUCUUAAGAUUUUGGUGAAAUUAGCAGAAAACACUUCCUUUGAUUUCCUGCCCAAGUUCCAGGGUGUGUUCCGGGUACUGCCGCAGUGCCUCAGCCCAGAGAGCCCCGUGCCCAGCGUGCUGCUGACUGUUGAGCUCCUUUCCCUCCUGGUGGACCACGAGCAGCUCGCGCCUUAGCUCUGCUCCAGCUCAGAAGGCUGUCUCCUCCUGCUGCUGUACAUGUACAUCACGUCAAGGCCCGAUAAAGUGGCCUCGGAGACACAGUGGCUUCAACUAGAACAAGAGGCCGUGUGGCUCCUGGCUAAGCUCGGUGUGCAGAGCCCUGCCUCCCCGGUCACUGGCUCUAACUGCCAGUGCAACGUGGAGGUGGUCAGAGCGCUCACGGUGAUGCUGCACAGACAGUGGCUGACAGUGCGGAGGACAGGGGGGGCCCCGAGGACUGAGCAGCAAAAGCAGACAAUGCGGUGUCUGCGGGACACAGUGUUGCUGCUGCACAGCCUCUCCCAGAAGGACAAGCUCUUCACUGUGCACUCUGUAGAGGUCCUGCAUCAGUAUGACCAGGUGAUGCCAGGGGUCAGCAUGCUGAUUCGAGGGCUUCCUGAUGUGACAGACUGUGAAGAGGCAGCCCUGGAUGACCUUUGUGCUGCUGAAACGGAUGUGGAAGACCCCGAGAUGGACUGUAGCUGAGGCCAGUGAGCACAGAGCCACAUGGUGGCACCAGAACCAAGACUUUCCUCACCGCAUCAGCUGAUUAAAAGCAGUGAAGGGCUGUCUGAGA